UUUGUACGCCCUCUGCCCCCGGCUGCCCCGCCCACCCACUUGGGGCUGAGGGAGAGGACCAUUUGGGUCUCUGGGCAAAAGCUCAAAAAUGCCCCCUGCGGGCUUCCUAAAGCGCAGUCUGCGAAGGGAGGGGCUCGGGGCUCCCCGCGCAGGGCUCCUACUGUCUUCACCUCUGCCUGGUCCAGCCUCCGGAGACUCCACAGCCCCGUGCAGCCUCGUGAUGGGAGCCGUCAGCCUGGCAACAGGGGUCCCCCUCCACCACCUUCUCACACUUGCACCUGAGACUCAGAAUGCUCAGCUUCCCUUAGAAUUCAGUCCUAGGACCGCCUCCUACUCAGGAAAGUCUAACUACACCCUCCCCUCCCAGGAGCCCAAGAAGCUGUGCCCCGUCCUGCAGUACAUGAGCGAGCUCCCGGCGCACACCAACACCAGCGGGCGCUACAUCGACUACGCGUCGGUGACGCUGCACGGGCUGGUGUCCCUGAUGGGCAUCCUGGAGAACGCCGUCAUCCUCUACGUGGUGGGCUGCCGCAUGCGCCAGACGGUGGUCACCACGUGGGUGCUGCACCUGGCGCUCUCCGACCUGCUGGCCACGGCCAGCCUGCCCUUCUUCACCUACUUCCUGGCCGUGGGCCACUCGUGGCAGCUGGGGACCACCUUCUGCAAGCUGCACUCCUCCGUCUUCUUCCUGAACAUGUUCGCCAGCGGCUUCCUGCUCAGCGCCAUCAGCCUGGACCGCUGCCUGCAGGUGGUGAAGCCCAUCUGGGCCCAGAACCACCGCACGGUGGCCGCGGCGCACAAGGUCUGCCUGGCGCUCUGGGGCCUGGCCCUGCUCAACACGGUCCCCUACUUCCUGUUCCGGGACACCAUGCAGCGGGCCGACGGGCGCGUCAUGUGCUACUACAACCUGCGGCUGUACAGCUCGGGCGCGGCCGACGCCGCCGGGGAGGCGCUGUGCGGCCGCCGCCAGCUCGCCCUGGCCGUCAGCAAGUUCCUGCUGGCGUUCGCCGUGCCCCUGGGCGUCAUCGGCGCCUGCUACCUGGCGGUCAGCCUGCGGGUGCGCCACCGCUGCCGCCGCCAGCCCAGCCGCUUCCUGCGCCUGGUCAUGGCCGUCAUCGCGGCCUUCGUGCUCUGCUGGCUGCCCUACCACGUCUUCAGCCUGCUGGAGGCGCGGGCCCACCACGACUCCAGCCUGCGCUCGACCGUGUGGCAGGCCCUGCCCUUCGUCACCAGCCUGGCCUUCAUCAACAGCGUGGUCAACCCCUUCCUCUACGUGCUCACCUGCCCCGACGUGCUGACCAAGCUGCGCCACUCGCUGCGCUGCGUGCUGGAGAGCGUGCUGGUGGAGGACAGCGAGCUGGUGUGCGGCAGCGGGCGCCGGCGCCGCAGCUCCCAGGGCGGCUCCCUGUCCAGGUCCUCCUCCAACCUCAGCUCCGCGGGCUUCCCCCGCCGCUGGCUCCCCUGCCUGGGGGCCAGGACGGCCAGACAGCUAGAGAAAGCCCCCGGCCCGGCCGGGCAGCCCGAGGGGGUUCCCCUGAAAUGAGGCGGGCCGGGCGGGGCUCCUCCAGAUGACAUCCCACCGUCCCGGCCCGAGCAUUUCCCGGUCCCCGUCUCUGGCGGCGCACAGCCCUCUGCCCCUCCACCCAGAGAUAACUCAGACCAACCCCUGUUAGAGAUGGGUAAACUGAGGCCCGGAGGGGAACAAACUUGCUAAAGCAGGUUGGGAAGCUCUUCUGAUCCUAAAUUACUUCAAACCAUUAACACUUGGGAGGGAACGAGUUUUAGGGGGAUCAAUUUUCCAGAGAUGGGCACAGGGCCGAUGAAAACAUGGACCCAUGACCUCAGUGGCUCAAGCAGCCGCUCCUUUGCUCCUAGCAUAUCCCGUCUCCCCAAGCGACCACCAAGGGCUCCUCCCCUCCCGCUCACAUCCUCUCCAGUGUCAGGAGGAAACAACUCUGAUUUGUUGAUUCUCCAUGUGCUAACCCAUGAGCCCUCAGGCUUUAAGGGCAAAAGCAUCAGAAAGCAUGUGCAAAAAUGUCUGUGGUGGCAGGAACUGCAAGCUGAAUGGCUGCCCAGCAGUGGGGGACGGCUGAAUACGGGAUGGUAUAUGCAUGGAUAUUGUUUUCUAAGAAUAAUCAGCAGGAUGAUGUCAGAGAGGCUGGAGAGACUGACAGGAACUGAUGCUAAGGAAGUGAGUAGGACAGGAGAUCAUUAUAUACAACAAGAUUAUACAAUGAUCAAUCCUGACAACGUGACUCUCUUCCACGAUGAGGUGAUUCAGGCCAGUCCAGUGAUCUCGUGAUGAAGAGAGCCAUCUGCAGCCAGAGAGGACUGUGGGAACUGAGGGUGGACCACAACACAGCAUUCUCACUCUGUUUUCUUUCCCAUCCCCCCCCCCCCCUUUUUGAUCUGAUUUUUCUUGUGUAGCAUGAUAAAUGUGGAAAUCUGUAUAGACCUGCCCAUUUUCAUACCUAUCACUUGCUUUCUAGGGGAGGGGUGGGGGAAGGGUGCAGAAAAAUUGGGAACAUAGGGUUUUUGCAAAGGUGAAUGUUGAAAACUCUCUUUGCGUGUAUUUUUGAAAAUAAAAGCUAUCAUUUAACAAACAGAAAGAAA